AUGACAUUAGACCAAAGCCGGGCCCACAAGCAGAUUCAGAAUACUUUGAGUUCACAAGCUGGUCAUCAAUCCACAGUAAAAGAAAAACGAUGGAAAGAGGCAGAGGAUGUUGCUACCUCCAGGAGUAAUACAAGCAUCAGAUCACCGAAACAAGUCAACUCGCCUGUGCAUUGGGACCUAGCAUCUACAGAGAUGACUGACCUGGUGCAGGCUGAUAUGAAUGAUGUAUUGGACAGCCCAGGCUCUUGUCUGCAUAGGAUACCAUCAGCAGGGGCCUUUCAGCCCUCACAGCUUGAUGUCAACCGGCUGGACACAUACCGCUUUUUGGAGAGAUCUCAGUCGGACGCCAGCCUACUGAGGAGGGACCUGGAUAUACUUGCCACAGAUGAUGAUGUUCACCUGACAGCGGCUGAAUCCAGUUCUGGUCAGAACAUCAGUGAAUGCAACAGAGUCUACCUUGACUUGUCCAGGGCUGAAGCUUUCGAAAGAGUGGAGCUUGGAGACAGUUCAGGAGCAAUGAUGAGAACAUCAUCUGGCCGACUACUGGAGACAAUACCCCAAGAUGAAGAGCUGAAGACAGGAGAUCUCAGCUAUGUCUAUGCCUCUCACAGAUCCUUCUCCCAAGAAAGCUCAUCUAGCAUGGAAGACCUUACCUUUUCACCAAAGACAAAGAAUAAAGACUCAGUCAAGUACAAAAGUAGCGGAAAGACUGGUCAAGAAAACAGCAUUACUUGUUCAAAGUCUAGCUUGCGAUCGAGUUUCCAGAUCUAUUCACAUUCUCUCAAACAGAAAGUGAGACAGUUGCAAAUGGGCAGUGUUCCUGAGCAGUUGAAUGCUCUUACUGAACUGAAUGUUCUCAUGGAGCAAGCCUGGUCAAUGCCAAUUUAUGGCAAGGACUUGGCUUAUGAGUUAUGUGACAUUCUGCGGACCGAAAGUGCCCUUGACAUCAUUGUUAGCAAUCUGGCCUCUACUAACAGAGAGUUGAUGAAGGUCUCAGCAAGACUUCUGGAGCAGUCAUUGACUACCUCAAACAGACGUCAAGUGGCUGAGAAUGGUCUGGAACUUGUUGUUAAGAUGGCCCAUGAUGCUCGAGGUGACUGUGAACUUGCACAGAUUUGCACUGGGAUACUAGAGAGUCUUUUCAAAACCUCUGAAGAUACAUGCUCUCGAGUAAUCAAGCUCGGGGGCCUUGAUACAAUAACUUACUGGUGUCGAUGCAAUGACAGGGUCACAUUAAAGAAUUGUGCAAUUGCUCUGUCUAAUUUAGCCCUCUAUGGAGGAGGAGAAAAUCAGCAGGAAAUGGCCAAACACAAGGUUCCAGAAUGGUUAUUUCCCCUUGCAUUUGUUGAUGAUGAUAGUGUUCGCUACUAUGCUCUCCUAGCUAUAGGUGUGUUGGUCUCCAAUAAAGAAAUAGAGAAUGCUGUGACUAGCUCUGGAACUCUGGCAUUAGUCCUUCCAUUUAUUGACUCUCAUGAUCCGGCUGAGUUUGCUGAACGAGACACAUCACACCGUCAUGGCCGAUCCCCUGGAUGGUUGAAAAGGUUGAUUCCAGUUUUGUCCAGCAAGAGAGAGGAGGCUCAAGCCUUAGCAGCAUUUCAUUUUGUCAUGGAAGCAGGCAUUAAGUCUGAGCAAGGCAGGAAAGAGAUCCUGUACAAAAUUGGAGCAGUGGACCCUCUGAAAUGGUUGGCCAGUACUCCCAAUCGAGUGGCAUCCAAACUGGCAGCCCAGGCUCUGAAGAUUAUUGGUGAAGAAGUGCCUCAUAAGCUCUCACAACAAGUUCCCUUAUGGGCAUGUGAUGAUGUGGUUCAUUGGAUUGGCCAGGUGGGCUUUGGCAAGUACGCAGACAAGUUUCAGGCAUGCCAUGUUGAUGGUGACCUCCUACUUCGUCUGACAGAGGAGGAACUCAGGGACAGUUUGGGCAUGAUCUGCGCCAUCACCAGAAAGAGAUUUCUGCGAGAACUGAGGGAUCUGAAGAUUUCAUCCGAUUAUACGUCCUGCGACCCCAGCAUGCUAGGUGCAUGGCUACAAGAAGUUGGGGAAGAUAUGUCACAGUACACUUACCAAAUGCUGCACCAGGGUGUCGACAGACCUCUUCUUCGGUCUUUAUCAGAUUCACUUCUUGUGAAUGACUGUCAAAUAGUCAACGGCAUUCACAGGAUGAAAAUACUGAGCAAGAUAGAGGAGCUGCGAUCAGUGGUCAGCAGUCCAUCUUGUCCUCGCUGUGACAUCAUUGAUGGUUUGAGUAUGUCCCAAAAUCUACACAAGACUCCUAUCGAUGUUUUCAUUAGUUACCGAAGGUCAAAUGGAUCUCAGCUUGCCAGCUUGCUGAAAGUUCAUCUUCAACUGAGGGGAUUCACAGUCUUCAUUGACAUCGAGAAACUGAGGGCCGGAAAGUUUGAUGAGAGUUUGUUGGAAAGUGUGCGGCAGGCAAAAAAUUUCAUUCUAGUACUGACACAGAGUUCACUGGACAGAUGUAUGGGAGAUGACGACAAGAAGGACUGGGUACAUCGGGAGAUCACAGCAGCCAUUGAAGCAGGUAGUAAUAUUAUUCCACUGCUGGACAACUUCAAGUGGCCUUCACCCGAGACUUUACCAGAGGAUAUGAGAAGCAUAUGUUACUUUAACUAUGUCAGGUGGAUCCAUGACUAUCAAGAUGCAUGUGUAGACAAACUAGAGAAGUUCUUACGAGGAGAGACUAAUCCUCAGCAGCGACACCCCGUGGGUGGUGCUACUGGUAACUCAAAUAAUAACAACGUUGGUACCUCCACAUCUGUAACCAAACAGACAUCAGGUUUUGAGAGUCCUAACUCACCUCCUUAUCAGAGAGCCCAAGGGAUGAUAAAAAUGUCUUCAGUUGAAAGUCCAGUGGAUUCUUCAUGA